AUGGCGCGCCAAACCCCGCCUAUUCUCUCCAUGCAAGAAGCGUACCUGGUUCCUUACGGAGCUAUCGGCUUUGCUAGCGACAUAGCCACCCUGUACAUGGUGACCUGCCUCCUCUUCGGCCGCGCACCGCUCUGCCCCGCAAGAACGAUCUGCAACACAGACCUUGCCAAAUUCCUUAUAGGCCUCUGGAUCUUCUUCAUCUUUGUGUUGAACGAAUACAACGUCGAGAAAUGCUGGCAGCACUGGGAGCUAGUCUUGAUAAACGUCAGCAACGGCUUGAUGGGUCUCUUCGUCGCGGUCGUCGGGUUUUUCACUGUCAGCUCAUGGCAUCCUCUGAUCAAAGGCGAGGCUCAGGAGGAUGACCCGGAAUCUCAGCCGGUCUUGGGGGCUGUAUGGUUAUCGACUCCAGAAGAAGAGACAGCCGUGUCUGACGAGCGAACUUGUGACUCUAUAGGGGAAUAUGGCGCUAUGGCUGAUAUGCCGUCCUCUGGGCUCAGCAGGCUCGGCUCGUCAAGUAUGCAAGGGGAGAGUAAUAGAACAAGCAACGUGAGUCCACACAUGAGUGAAGUCACGCGAGAACUAAACAGCAUGGCCAACGGGCCCGCCCAAUCCGGGGAUCAGAAGGUCAAGGUCGUGUUCCUUGCGGUCCUCGGGGUUCGUAUAGGUGCGGUUCUCAUCGGAAGUAUCUCCUUGGCCAGGCUAGCCGUUCUUGAGGGCAAGGAAUCUAGCAAGAAGAUUUGUUUGAUUUUCGGCAUCCUGGGGGGAUUGACCAUAGUAGGAACUCUCUUCACCUUCGUGUGUGAGUUGUGCUACUUAGGGAAAGGGACGGACCCAGGGCUAAAGCCUCUAAGAUACCUUCUCGUGUCUCUUUUUGCCUUGCUUCUCAUGUUCUUCACUGAUUGGAUAUUAGGCUGCGUGCUGGACAGCCUAAGUGGUGUUCCAAUUGCAGACAUUGACAUGGAGGAGCUGUCUCGGUAUUGGGUCUACCUUGCGGUUACCAAGCUGCCAAUGUUCGCAUUCUAG